ACAAUGAAAAUGACCGGAGCACUAUGCAUUGUGCUCUUCGGAGUGACCAUGGUGACAGCUGAACGACCGAAAAUUAAGGAUACUCAUGGAAAUUUGUUGGUGAAACUUAGUGAUAUCCCGAUUGGAUCAUGCGGAGAUGAAUCGUACUUUGGCCUCGGAAUAAUGGACGGUGGACUUGAAGAAUGUGAUCGGUGGAAGUUAGAAGUCACAAAUCCAGAAUAUGAAGAAUACAAGUGUAAAGUACUUCGAGUUCAUGCAUCUGUUCAGAAUGGAAAGUGCACUUGUAACAUUAACUGGAAGGGACCGAUUUGCAACGAAUACGACGGAUGUGGAAAGGGAGAAACGCUAUUCGGAACUUCAUGUACCCCUCACAUGUGUCAACACAACGGAACAAUCGCCGUCGGAAAGAAAGAAAUCGAAUGUAUCUGCCCACCACCAUGGGAUGGACGUUUUUGUGAACGUCUUGCAUGCUGGAGAAAGACUAUUUCAACUCAACAACACCGUUAUCGUAACAACGGAGAUCACUGCAUCUGUGGAAAUCAUUAUUCUGGAGCCAGCUGUGACGUCAUCAAGUCAUGCUUGAACAAUGGACAACUCAUCGAUGGAAAGUGUAAAUGUCCGGAUGGAUAUUAUGGAGAUCUUUGUGAUAAAAGAUGUCAGAAGGGACAUGUCACGUGUUCCACGUGUUCCUCCUUCAUACCGGCUGCUCUGUUCGCCAUCAUCCUGCUCUGCGUCAACAAGUUCAACUAUUAGAUACAUUUUUCGUUGACGAGGAGGGACCAGUUCGAGGGAAAUUUUUUGUAAUCUGCUAUAAACUACACUGAGAAUAAUAAAACUGUUGGAGAGUUGUCUCGAGGAUCAGGCCCCGCCCUUUUGCCAAAAUUUUCGCAAACGUGCCGCACACUUUUUCUAACUUUUUUUUUUGUGAAUUUUCUAUUAUUUUUCUUGAAAUCCUUCUCAAAACUUUGGCAAUCAAUUUUCGAAUCUAUGGUUUUAGCUGAAAAUGAUUUUCAAAAAAUAAAGAAAAAAGCGUGCGGCGCCCUUGCAAACUUUUCUGCAUAAACAUUUUUUAAAAUGCUUUAUUAUUCUCAGUUUAUUGAUUAUUUCCAGAUUUUCAUUAAAUUUUCCUCUCGAAAAUUCAAAUUCCCUCUCACCAAAACUCGCUUUUUCUCCGAAUUAUUCUCCCCCACAAAACGGUGUUUUCUCUCUUUUUAUGUCAAUUUUUCCCAAAAAAAUCAAUUAAAAAAUCUAAAAUUUAGUUUAAAAAUAUAUUAUUUUCAAUAUAUUUAAGCACUGCCUCUAGUCGUGUAAUGCAUUACUUUGAUUCUCACAUAAAAACACAAAAAUCUUCCUUUUUUCUAGACUUUCUCUCAAUUCAACCCCAAUCGCUGCUUUCUUUCUUUUUUUCCACAAUGUCACAAUCAUUAUUAAUAUUUAAUAAAUCAAGUUUCUGUGUAAAA